CCACCCUGGGUCUCUAUGGCCUCGGUUGCUUCCGGUUCCGGUGUAGGCGCUGCGACUUUUGGGGAGGGUGAGAAAUGGCUUCUCCUGUCCUCUAAUUGAGUAUUGACAGGGGUGGGCUGCGAGGGGCUGCUUGACAGGGGAGCCUGUAUACAUUCAGGUUACUCCUUCCACACCCAAAGUCUCUUUCAUCUCUUCAUGGACUGUGAUUGGUGAACAGAAGAACAUCCAUUUUGUCAUUUCACAAGUUCCUGCUCUCGGUUGCAGACAGGCAGGAUGUGGCAUGAAGCCCGAAAGCAUGAGCGAAAGCUCCGGGGGAUGAUGGUAGAUUACAAGAAACGAGCUGAACGUCGGAGAGAAUAUUAUGAAAAGAUAAAAAAAGACCCAGCCCAGUUCCUGCAGGUCCAUGGCCGUGCGUGCAAAGUCCACUUAGAUUCCGCUGUGGCUCUUGCAGCUGAAAGCCCUGUGAAUAUGAUGCCAUGGCAAGGGGAUACCAACAACAUGAUUGAUCGGUUUGAUGUUCGAGCCCAUCUGGACUAUAUCCCCAUGUACACUCCUCCACUGCUAAACCCAAUCACCCCAGAACAGGAGUCUGACGAGAGGAAAUGCAACUACGAAAGGUAUAGAGGUUUGGUGCAGAACGACUUUGCUGGCAUCUCAGAGGAGCAGUGCCUGUAUCAGAUCUACAUUGACGAACUGUACGGGGGACUCCAGAAGCCAAAUGAGGAUGAAAAAAAGAAGCUAGCAGAGAAGAAAGCUUCCAUUGGCUACACGUAUGAGGACAGCACGGUGGCGGAGCUCGAGAACCCAACUGAGAAACGGACUGAAGAGGAAGACUCUGAGGAAGACAGCAACACAGAUGAGGAUGAAGUUAUCCCUGAUAUUGAUGUUGAAGUUGAUGUUGAUGAGCUGAACCAGGAGCAAGUGGCUGACCUGAACAAGCAGGCAACCACUUAUGGGAUGGCAGAGGGAGACUUUGUCCGGAUGCUGCGGAAGGACAAAGAGGAGGCAGAAGCUAUCAAACACGCCAAAGCUUUGGAGGAAGAGAAAGCCAUGUACUCGGGCCGCCGCUCUCGGCGACAGAGGAGGGAAUUCCGAGAAAAGCGUUUGAAAGGAAGAAAAAUCAGUCCUCCGAGUUAUGCCCGGAGAGACAGCCCCACUUACGAUCCCUACAAGCGAUCCCCCUCGGAAUCCACUUCAGAGUCCCGUUCCCGCUCCCGCUCGCCUUCUCCAGGUCACGAGGAGAAGAUCACGUUCAUCACCAGCUUUGGGGGCAGCGACGAGGAAGCAGCAGCCGCUCAAGCCGGAGGAGCCCCCAGGAAGGCCGCCUCCCUCGGCAAGGCCCGCUCUGGCCAAGGGCAGCAGGGCAGCACUGCGGCAGGUCAUAGCGCCUCCUCCCGGCGACGCUCCUCCUCUUCCUCCUCCUCUUCCUCAUCAUCAACCUCCUCGUCUUCAAGCUCGCGCUCUAGCUCACGGUCGCAUCGGGCCGGCGGGUACCACAAAGCUGCCUGCUAUGGCCGAUCACGCAGCCACAGGUACUCCCGGUCCCGCAGCAGAACCAGGCGGUACUCGGCAGGAGGCUCGCGGGAUGGACGGCGCCACUCCAGAUCUCGUUCGACGGAACGGGGCUGGCGAUAUGCCUCCCGCCGCAGGUCCAGGAGCCAUUCGCGGUCUGGAGAACGUUACCGGUGGAGCAGCGGCAGGGGAGGGAGACACUGGAGCAGCAGCAGCAGCAGCAGGAGCGACAGCGAAUCGCGAAGUCGCAGCAGGUCAGCGUCUCCAGCCAGAGAGAAACUGCUGAGGCCUGCGGCUUCCCCGGCAGUAGGGGAGAAACUGAAAAAGGCUGAAACUGCCGGUGGUAAAGAGACAGGAGCUGCCAAACCAAAGCUGACCCCGCAGGAGAAACUGAAGCUGCGCAUGCAGAAGGCGCUUAACCGGCAGUUCAAAGCAGAUAAGAAGGCCGCCCAGGAGAAGAUGAUGCAGCAGGAACAUGAAAGACAGGAGCGAGAAGACGAGUUGCGUGCCAUGGCUCGGAAGAUCCGGAUGAAGGAGCGUGAGCGCCGGGAGAAGGAACGAGAGGAGUGGGAGCGACAGUACAGUCGCCAGAGCCGCUCUCCUUCCCCGCGUUACAGUCGAGAAUAUAGCUCUUCACGGAGGCAUUCACGGUCCCGAUCCCGGAGUCCUCACUACCGCCACUAAGGGUUGUUCCUGGCAGUGUCACGCUGGCAGCCGUCCACCCAACUGGUUCACCAGGUCUCUUGCUGUGUAAUAAUGCUGUACAUUGCUGAUUUUGUUUCUAUGCUGUCUAAAUAAAUAAAUAAAGCCAGGCAUGGUCGUCUCUUGACAAGAGCCUUCAGCUGCACGUAACUGGCUAGCUCCCUUUGCCAAAACCUGAUACGACUUCUUACGGACAUGCCCUUCCUUUCAUCCCAAGGCUGUGUGGAGACCAGAGGCUAGCAAGGGGGGAGGCAGUCAAGGGGGUUCUGCUGCAUCCAGUCCAGAGCCAGCACAGGAAUGGGAAUCUCCAACCUCUUUAGAGCAGAAGGUAAGCAAAAUGUGCAGGCACCAUUCAAAGCAAUUGCUAUGUUGUAUACCAGCCUGCUCCCGCCUUUUCAGCGUCUUUAGCCAAUGUGUGAAAUCAGCUGUGAUGAGUGCUAGAGAGAAAAUUAGUCAUACAAGCCCAAGGGAUGAAAUACAAAUGGAUUGAAAGUGAUCCAAGAAGUCCCUCUCCCAGCCGUAAGAAGAGCCCUACCGGGGCUCCUGCUGGGAGGAAGGGUGGGAUAUAAAUCAAGUAAUAAAUAAGCCCAAGGCCCAUCUAGUGCAGUAUCCUGUUCUCACACUGAGCUGCGAGGCAGAUGCCUAUAGAAAGCACAUAAGCAGGACCUGAGUGCAGCCAUCCCACUUGUACUUUCUAGGAACUGCCUCAGGCAACGGAGGCAGAGCACCACCUUAUCCUCCAUGAAUGUCUUUAACCUUUUAAAGGCAUCGCUACAUCUUGUGUGAGUAAGCAUAGUUUUAACUGUGUGCUGCAUGAAGUCCUUAAUAAGACGCAGCAGGGCUCUAAUAUUUUUGCGUACUAGCAACUGUCCAAAAUAUUUAACUACCUGUCUCCUAAGACAAAGCUGUGUUCCUUGGUGGCACACUAAUGCCCUUAGACUGUGGGGGUGUGGUGCUAGGGAAGAACUCUUCCAAAACAUCCCUGAAUCUGGUUUUCAAUUGCUGCAGGCAUACGGCAACUUCUAAUACUGAUCUAGCAACUGAUUGGAGCACAGCAUUAUGGCUGGGAACAGGAGGCUUUGGAACCUCAGUGGUCAGUAGGCAAACUGGGUAUUUCAUGACUACUUCUGGAAAUAGAAAAUCAAA